UCGGUUUCAGGCGGAGGGGUGGAGCGGCGCGCAUAGGCUGCUGGGAUCCUUCUCCUCGCCUCCCCUCCCCAGUUUAGUCCUCCCACUUCCCGGCAUGCUCUGGGCUCUCCAAAUGGGAGGGGGAGACGCAAGAUGGCGGCAGCCGCGAACUCAGGCUCCAGCCUCCCGCUGUUCGACUGCCCGACUUGGGCAGGUAAACCCCCUCCUGGUUUACAUCUGGAUGUGGUCAAAGGAGACAAGUUAAUUGAGAAACUGAUCAUUGAUGAAAAGAAGUAUUACCUGUUUGGGAGAAACCCUGAUCUAUGUGAUUUUACCAUUGAUCACCAAUCUUGCUCCCGAGUCCAUGCUGCCUUGGUCUACCACAAGCAUCUGAAGAGAGUUUUCCUAAUAGAUCUCAACAGUACACACGGCACAUUCUUGGGUCAUAUUCGAUUGGAACCUCACAAGCCACAGCAGAUCCCCAUCGACUCCACAGUCUCAUUUGGUGCAUCUACACGGGCAUACACUCUGCGUGAGAAGCCUCAGACAUUGCCAUCAGCAGUGAAAGGAGAUGAGAAAAUGGGUGGAGAGGAUGAUGAACUCAAGGGCUUACUGGGCCUCCCAGAAGAGGAGACCGAACUUGAUAACUUGACAGAGUUCAACACAGCCCAUAACAAACGGAUUUCCACUCUUACUAUUGAAGAAGGGAAUUUGGAUAUCCAGAGACCAAAGAGGAAACGGAAGAACUCUAGGGUAACAUUCAGUGAAGAUGAUGAGAUUAUUAAUCCGGAGGAUGUGGAUCCUUCUGUUGGAAGAUUCCGAAACAUGGUGCAGACUGCAGUGGUCCCAGUUAAGAAGAAACGUGUAGAAGGCCCUGGCUCCCUCAGUUUGGAGGAGUCAGUGAGCAGGCGCAUGCAGAACUUUCCAUUCAGCGGAGGAUUGUAUGGGGGUCUGCCCCCUACCCACAGUGAGGCAGGCUCUCAGUCACAUGGCAUCCACGGGACUGCACUCAUUGGUGGCCUGCCCAUGCCCUAUCCGAACCUCGCUCCUGAGGUGGACUUGACCCCUGUUGUGCCAUCAGCAGUGAAUAUGAACCCUGCACCAAACCCUGCGGUCUACAAUCCUGAAGCUGUAAACGAGCCCAAGAAGAAGAAAUAUGCAAAGGAGGCUUGGCCUGGCAAAAAGCCCACACCCUCCUUAUUGAUUUGAUAUUUUUGGUCCUGGGGGGGGGUGGGGGGUGGGAAUGGGGUGGAAGGGUGGUUUGGGAGCUAAUGAACUGAGGAAAAAAAAAACUUUCCAUGUGUGCAGUAUCGUCUUUCAGAAUGUCUCUUGGUGUCCUAACCAUGUAAUUUUAAGACUGGGGCUGGGGUUGGGGUUGAAAUAUCCCCUUAAAGAUCUGUCUUCAGAAUGCUUUCUAUGUAUAGGAAUUUAUUUCAUGCAUCCUUUGAGCUAAAAUGCCCAGCCACCUAUUCUCCAGGCCCUUUGAACCUCCUCUUCUAGGAUCAUUUUUUUUAUUUGAUGUUAUAUAUCUGUGUGUAUAUAUAUCAUUUGUAAUGAACACCAGGCCCUCAUCUCCAAAAAUUCAAGAUAAGUUGGAUGGCUAUGUAGCAAGAAAGCUACUAGUAUUACUGAUGAUGUAGGUCAUGUGACCUGAUUUGUAUUUGCUGUACUUGAAAUUCCCAGAUAGUUUUGAUUUUAAUGAAUUUUCCCUAUGGUAAUAGCGCUGUCAUGGAUUAUAGACUGGUCAGAAAAGGUUCUAGAGUUCUUCAUGGGAACUUUAUCUAGGUUUAAACUUAAAAGAUUUUCCCCAGGUCAACAAGUUGAAAUCCCAUAGUUAGGCCUUUCCCUUCUGUCCUUGCUGUUGGGGUGAGAAUGGUUUGAUCUCUCUUCCUCUGUAAGCAUUGCAUAGAUACAGGACUGUAGUUUGGGGUUACAACAUGGUUUUAAUUUUACCCAUGUUUUCUUAUAAAAUGUCAACACUCCAUUUGCAAAUAUUUCGCAUUUCUUUCAGGGUACUAUUUUCUCAAGGCUUUAUUUCUCCUCUCAAAAUGUGUUAUAAAGAUAAUUUUUUUUAAGGCUAUGACCAGUUUAGGGUAGUUUAAACUGAGAAUUAAAUGAUUUUAUUUGGCAAGUGACUGACUGAAGGAGGACUUUAUGGCUAGAUUCAGCAGCUUUUUCCUCCCUGUGAAUGCAAGUCCUUGUUAGCUAAGAGCUGUAAGACUGGUCUUGACCUACACACAGGAGGUGAAGAUAGGAAACAUUGAUGUGAGCUUUGGACAGAAGUUUGUACAUCUGUGAAAUAGGCUUUUUUCCACAUUUCUGUGUAGCUUUUUACUUGUAACCUUGAUUACAUUGUAAAUUAAAUUCGACUUUUUGCCAUUUGGGCUGGGUUAGUGUUUCAGUCCCCAUUACCUACUCCCACAUGGUUAGAGAGUGUUUUCCAUCCCAGAAUGUACUGAUCUGUUCCCAUUUUGGCAAUGCAAAUGAAGAUUUCUGAUGAAGGUGGAAAUUCUAAUUAGCUAUGUAGGUCCCCCAGCUAGAGCUGAAGGACAUAAAGUAGGUUACUGUCCUUCCUCAUGGAGAGAAAGCUUCUGUAGCCCUGCCCACCCAAGGGUGUAUGCUUGGUGUUGUUUUUCUACUAGUGAGAAUCGUUUGUGCAAAGCUGCCUCCCAACCCUUCAAGCAGUACCCCCACCUUCUGGGACCAAUUAACAUGUGUUUUUGAGGUGGUGUGGUGGUGGAACAAACUGAAGCCAAAGGUUAAGAUAGUGGAGUUUUGCAGUUAAAUAAAGGUAAUAGCUUUUUAAUUAAA